AUGAAGUUUAUCAAAUUGUGCUUGGUUGAAAAAGAGAAGGGGCAUAAACCCGGUACUCAUUUCAAUAAGACCGGGUGGGCAAAUUUAGAGAAAGCCAUGCAAGAAGAAACAGGAAAAGUAUUUACUCAAAAACAAAUAAAAAAUAAAUGGGACAACUUGAAAAAAGAUUGGAAACUUUAUGACCGAUUAAUGAGACUUGAAACCGGAAUUGGUGGGACAAGAAGCUUAUUAGAUGCAUCGGCUGAGUGGUGGGAGGAGAAAAUAAAGGUAGAUAAAGACUUUGCCAAAUUUAGGGGCACAAAUUUGUCUAUAUAUGAGACGUAUUAUGCUCCUUCGUUUUGGGAUUCAGUUGCUACCAGAGAUCAUUCUAUGACUCCGUUACAAUUUCUAAAUGAUGAUGAACGAGAGGAUAACAUGGAGGGCAAUGGAGAUAAUGAGGAAAUCAAUUUAGGUGAUGAUGAGCCUCUUUUUCCUAGUUUCCCUCAAACUAGUUCAAGUAAAAGGAAGAAGUCCAAGGAUAUUUCUAACAAUCGUUCAACCAAGACUAAAAGUUCAUAA